AUGGGAAGGGUUGCCUACCAGUUAGAGCGACGUCCAGAGUUGGACUGGAUUCAUGAUGUUUUCUACAUAUCGAUAUUGAGGCGCUACCACUCUGAUCCUACGCAUAUUAUUCCUGUUGAGGAGAUAGAGGUUAGGCCAGAUCUGACCUUUGAAGAGGAGCCGGUUCAGAUAUUGAAUCAUGACGUAAAGAUUCUGAGGAGAAAAUCCAUCCCACUAGUUAAGUUUCUAUGGCGUAAUCAUAGCUUUGAGGAGGCCACGUGGGAGCCUAAAAAUGCGAUGCGUCAGCAGUAUUCUCAUCUAUUCUAA